UUUGCUUGCCCUUUAGUGACCAUGAAGAUGAUGCUGAGUCUGGUUUGGCUGCUCAUAGCCAUAGCCCAUAAGGCUGAACCCUUCAUCUCUGAGAACUUCACUGAGUGCCGGGAGUUUUUCUAUAACCAAUCGUUCCCUCAAGGCUUUCAAAACAUUUCUCCCCCUCACCAUAUUAAUCAUCCAAACUUACCAGAUGGGAUAAAGGCAAAAGAACUGACCUCUCCAGCUUAUAUCUGCCAGCGAUAUAAGAACAUUGAUUACUUUGCUUCCCUGUAUGACAGAGGCAGGCGUGUGCCCCUCUAUUCUGCCUACAUCUUGGACAGGAGACCCACAGAUAAAUGUAUACCUGGCAGACAAACACGUUUCAAUGUAGAACCUCAGCUGGUCGAUAGGAAGCUGAACAAAGCAAUGCUAAGUCAAUCAGCCACUAAAGGAGAGAUACAAAAACACUUUAAAAUCAAGAACAUUCAAGAAGCCCUAGAAAGACUUAGAACAAGCCAAGCUGUUAGUGCUGAUUAUGGAAUCACCGGCUAUCACAGAGGCCAUCUGAAUCCCGUGUGCCAUCAUAAAAACCAAGUUGCGCAGGAUGCAACAUUCACACUGACCAACGCCGUGCCGAUGAAUAGUAGUUUAAACCAAGGCCAAUGGAACGUUUAUGAGAAGAAAAUGAUAGAGAUUGCCAGAGACUGUAACACUACGUAUGUGGUCACUGGCAUUGUACCGGGUAAUAAUUCGCUUAAUGACCGUGUGAAUAUUCCCAGUCACGUGUGGAGCGCUUACUGCUGUGUAGAUAAUAAUGGCAAGCCAAUCAGGUCAGGGGCGGGAUUAGCGAACAAUAUAAACUAUCCUGUCAAAGUGAUAAGUGUGUCUGAGCUAGAGGUACAACUCCAACGUCUUAUACAGUAUAUUUCUUUUUCAAUAUUCCAAAAUAAGUGUUCAUAAAAAUGAAAAACAUCCAGAAAACUGCUGCCAAGUAUAAAGCAAACAGCUCAAUGCCUCAGUAUCAGUGCCGCAGACACAUCUGAUCUGUACCAACUGGGUUCAUUUACAACCAAUGGGACAAGGUGCCAUGUGCAAACUACAGGAGCCUCCCUCUAUAUAUUGCUGUCUGGGGGUGUGGGAGGCACGUGGGCAUCCCCUGGGAACUUCCCCAGCCUGUCCCCUGUGUCAUUCAUAAGCUGCAAGUUAGGGACCCUAGGGUAAGUACAGGGCUCCCAUGCUUUGUGCCCUUUAGCGCCCUAGCACUUGCCCCUGUCCCAUCAGUAACUGAGCCUUAAUGCCUUCCUACUGUCUGUAGAUAUAGAUUUUUACUUUGAAAAGUGCAUUUGCAAUAACCAGUGUGGCUUCCAAUAGUAACUACUCAGGCAUUUGCUUUGAAUAUAGCUUGUUACUAUCCUUCCCCAUAUGCAACUGCCAAAUAAAUCUGCUCUGAGC